CAGCCGCAGUCACGUGACCUUUGCUUUGCUCUGUGUGACAGCAAACCGCACUGUGUUGCAUUCAUGUCUAACUUAACUAAAGCAAUGUCCAAGUUCCGUCUGGCCGUGGUGCAGCUGCAGGUGACCAGCGUGAAGGCGGAUAACCUGAGCCGGGCCCGGAGGCUUGUUCAGCAGGCUGCAGGAGAGGGCAGCAAGGUGGUGCUGCUGCCGGAAUGCUUCAAUUCUCCAUAUGGAACCGGCUUCUUCGCUUCGUAUGCUGAGAGGAUCCCAGGAGAGUCCACACAGGUGCUGUCAGAGGUAGCGAAGGAGAACAAGGUGUAUCUAGUGGGAGGAUCCAUCCCAGAGGAGGACGGUGGGAAGUUGUAUAACAGCUGUACAGUGUUCGGCCCUGAUGGAGAGCUGAUUCUGAAACACAGGAAGAUUCACCUCUUUGACAUCGACGUUCCCGGGAAAAUCCGCUUCCAGGAGUCGGAAACACUGAGCCCAGGCGACAAUUUGUCAAUGUUUGAAACCCCGUUCUGUAAAGUAGGCGUAGGGAUCUGCUACGACAUGAGGUUCGCAGAGCUCGCACAGCUCUACAGCAGGAAAGGCUGUCAGCUGCUGGUCUACCCCGGAGCCUUCAACAUGACCACUGGUCCGGCCCACUGGGAGCUCCUGCAGAGGGGGAGGGCGCUUGAUAACCAGGUAUACGUGGCCACAGCAUCACCUGCCAGAGAUGAAACUGCCUCUUAUGUGGCCUGGGGUCACAGCACUGUUGUAAACCCAUGGGGAGAAGUUGUCUCCAAGGCUGGAGCAGAGGAGGCUGUAAUAUACGCUGAUAUCGACCUGCAGUAUUUAGCCGACAUCCGGCAGCAGAUCCCCAUCACAGUUCAGCGUCGGAGCGACCUCUACACAGUCAAGACCGUGCAGGAAGGAUCGAGCUGAAGUCCGCACACAGAGAAACGGAGUCCAUUCACUCUGAUGCCACGUCGUCUUCUCUUCCUGCACCAGAAGCACCAGACUCUUAAUUGUGGAAAUGAGAGAUGCAAAUGAGAGACAUAUGUUGAUGCCAGCAUGACUGGAACACAAACACACUGCUCGCUUUUUUGGAUAGAGCCUCCAUUGCAUCUGUGUGAUGUCUAGUGCUGAAAUGAUUAGUCGAUUAGUAGAAAAUUGACGAGAAUUUUGGUAAAGAAAUAACUGUUUGCCAUUUCUGGUCACAGCUUGUCUAAUGUGAAAAUGUACCUCUUAUUUUUAUCUGUUUCAGAUUAUUGGUAAAUGAACAGUUGGUUUGCCCAAAAAAGAAGAAAAAAAACUGAAAUCAUAUUCAUCUCAAUAGAGACUGAUAAUUAUUUUGUCUUAUUUUUUCAGGAUAUUUUCUGUCCUGAUGGGAAAAGAUGAACACAUUUACACAAAGUGAAAUCAAUAAAACAGAAAGUGAAAUAAA